UUUCUUUUCAUGCAGACGCCACUGUCAGCACAUACACUUGCAGCAUGAACCACUCAGCUGUGUUGUCGCCUUCAGAGGAAAUGGCCCCUGAGGAGUUUGACGGCGGGACAGCGGUGGCUUGUGUGAUCCUGGGCCUGUCAUUCUUAGUAGGAGCUCCUGGGAACCUGCUGGUGAUCUGGACUAUCCUGAGACACGUCAAGCAGCGUUCUCACACUGUGGUGCUCAUCCUGCACCUGGCUGUUGCAGACCUGCUGGUCCUCAUCACCCUGCCUCUGUGGAUCUACUCCCUGGCCCACUACUGGGUGUUUGGGGAAGUCUCCUGCAAAGCCAUGGUGUUCAUGAUCAACGCCUGUAUGUACAGCAGCGUUUUCCUCAUUACCCUCAUGAGUGUGGAGCGUUUUGUGGCUGUGCGAUAUCCUUUUGCCUCAGCUGGCUGGAAGAGGAAAAAAGCACUGAAUAAAGUUUUGCUGGCUCUGUGGACUGCAGCGUUCUUGUUCAGCAUACCUGUCAUCCCAACUCAGGUCGUAGGGACAGAUUCUGGUGAGGAGCAUUGUCUGUAUCGGCAGUACUUUUCUUUGACCCAGGAGCUGGUGUGUGUGCUGCUUGAGACACUGGUGGGCUACAUAAUACCCUUCUCCAUCCUCGUGGUCUGCUAUGGCUGUCUGUGUAGCCGGAUUACUCAGAUGACCUUUAAGUCCAAGCGCAAGUCCACAGUCCUGAUUGCCAGUGUAGUGGUUGUGUUUGCCAUCUGUUGGACACCUCAUCACAUAGGAAAUGUCCUCUCACUCAUCAUCCUGGCCACUGAGGACUCCCUCCCUGACGUAGCAGAGAAUCUGGAGAGCGCCAGGAGCACCAUGACCUUCAUCGCUGGGGCCAUGGUGUUCAUCAGCAGCACUGUUAACCCUAUCCUUUACAUGUAUGCGGCCCGCUCCUUCAGGAGCUCCCUGCGUGACACCGGCAUCCAGAAGCUCUUCCGCCAUAUCUCCAGCACCUCCCCAGGUGAGGGCACUAAAGAGUUGUCCUUUGUGACCAAGAGACAGAGCAAUCAGACCAACAGCUCUCAGUGUCUGACUGAGCCAAAAGACCAAAUGGACAUCUUGAUAAAAAUGUGUGAAAAUAAUCCAUCCUGAUAUUGAAAAUGUAUGGAGUGUCAGUGCUGUGUAGAUAUGCAUGUGUAUACUGUAUACAAUAUUUCCUUGUGACAUAAAUUUAGCCUGAAAUGAAGCUCAUUUCUUAGGAAAUUACAACACAGAUAAACAGGAAGUCUGAGUUUACUUAUGCAACUCUGUAAAUUAUCUUUUUAACAUGUCUCUUUUUUUAAAUAGUGAACAUAUAUUUAUGAAUAUGUUAUAUAUUAUGUACUUUAUUCCAUAUAGUGUUCAUAAAUAGUACAAUAAAUAAUUCUAUGAAACAUGUCUCAAUGUAAAGUCUUUGUUUACAAACCUUUUAAUUAUUUUAUUAAAGCCAGCAAAGGGAGAUGAUAUUGAUCAUGUUAUUAAUCAGAUCAGAUCAAUCAGAUUUUUUUUUUUUUAAUUGCCUGUAAGCGUGGGAACAUGAUCAGACAGAGCUCAGUGGGUUUUCAUCUGGUCAUCCUGUGAUUGCGUUUGCCACAAAGAAGUAUCUCACUUUGUCUGUAAGAACGUGUCUAUUUUGCUGUCGCUCUCUGUGUUGGGAAACUGUAACAUCUCUACAGUCUGAUUAUGAACUCAUGUUACAAAACUGUUGCUGUGUUUUCUUAAUAGAACCCAUAGUGUAUGACUAUUGUAAAAAAAAAAAUGUUUUUUUUUUUUACUCAUGACAAACUAGCUAACAAUUGUCCUGGUAUCCCACUACAGACAACAGUCAUGCAGUCAAGCCAACUUCCUCUCAAUGAAAAGAUUGCAAAAUGAAAAACUGCAUGUUCCGUUUGUUGGGCAGCAAAAAGCGGAAUCGUGUCUUAAUGUUUGUCACAGUGUUAUAAAACUCAGACUCGUACUUCUGAGCAUGAGAGUUCAGCAUCAGCUUAUUUUAUGAUAUUUUUAAAUGAGUAUGUCCAUCAGAUAUUUAUAAUACACAUGGUGUAUUAGGUUUGUAUGUUGCCAUGACUACAAAGAAAUUGGUCUAACCAGCUGGCACAACCAGCAGAUGGCAGUGUGUUUUUAACAGUUUUCUGACAUUAUUUCAGUGUAGCACCAUAAUAAUGAUAAUAAUUUUAUUUAGCUACUCCAUUAUAUGUCUAUUUUUUUUUCUAUAAAGGGAAUGAUCAUGAUGAGAGUCUUUCCUUCAGUGCUGCUUUGAUCCAUACACUUUACACACCUACACAUGUGUGUUGACACAGUGGAAAGUGGAAGGAGCCAUUUUCAUUAAACUUUCAAUGAAAGAUGAAAAAAAUAGUGCUGAAAUUUUAGAAUUUCACUCUGCGUCCGACUCUUUCACAAUAGUUCCAC